CGAUUUAUGACCAGUAACAGCUCUGCAACUGUGCCUAUCGUCCUCCUCCUCGGGCCAAUCAUCCUGCUUGCACUCCUCGCCAAGCUCUAUCCUUAUCAGCUCAACCCCGAACCGGCUAGCAUCAACGGUACCUGCGCAGCGGGUACCAAGCAGCAAGCCGGCAUGGACGCAGGCGUGUGGGACAAGAAGUAUGGCGAGGAGGAGUUCGUAUACGGCCGGGCUGAUGUCGACAUCAACUUUGUGCUGUUGUGCUGUUGUGUUGUGUUGUGUUGUGUAUUUGAGGACACGGCCCCCAUGGCUGCGGCUGCGGCCGCACCAGCUGCGAAGGGGUUACACGUCAGCCUUGCCUUGGGCCCGGCGGCCGCGGCAACAGCCGCUGCAGCAACAGCGGGAGCAGCCCGCGCGGGCCGACCGCCGCGGGCGGAGCCCAGCCGCCGGCAGGAGAAUGCAGCGGCUUCGGCCGCAGCAGCCGCGGCGGCGGCAGCGGCGGCGCCUGCCAGCAACCGGGGCACAUUCCUCCUGGGCAGCUGGCUAGGUGACCUGCUGCCUCUGACGGACUUUUUUGCGCGGCCGGCAGCGCCGCCACCACCCGCUGCGGCGCCCGGCGGCGUCGGCCGGCCGCCGCUUGGCCCCGCAGGCCGGGAGGCGCCAGCAGGGCCGUUGGUGUCUACUCGUGCCACUCGUGGAUCCUCUUUCUUGGAGCCCAUCUACUCGCCGCAGGGUGCGGCGGUCGGGGCAGCGGGAGCACGGCCGGGCCACCGGCGGCACGCCUCCGCAAGCGCAGCCCCCUGGGAGACGGCUCGCGGCGUCAGCGAGGAGGAUGUGGAGGAUGUGGAGGAGGAGGACGAGGACGAGGAGGGCCUUUAUGAUGAUGACGAGUACGGGGAGCCCCUAGAGGAUGAGCACGACCUUGACGAGCAGGGCGAGGAGGAGGAGGGCGAGGAGGGCGAGGAGGAGGAGGGGCCGGAAGGGCCGGAGGGGGAGGACGGUGCGGUAACGGCCGAGGAGGGCAGUGACGGGCUCACUGAGGAGGAGGCGGGCGAGGACGAGGCGGCGGUGUCCACAGACCAGGUGCUGCUGGAGUCGCCUUCGGAGGAAGAGGGCGAAAUGGCAACCGCAGAGCUGGCACCGCCGGAGGCGGGGCCAGACCGCGGCAGCGGCGGCAGUGCUGCCGGGUCGCUGGCAGGACGGGCCAAGGCGGCGGUGUUGCCUGCGGUCGCGGCUGCGGCUGCACUGCGCAUCGAAAGCGGCAGCAGCAGCGGUCCCUCGCCACAGCCGUCGCCGCAUGGCGGCGCCGCUGAGGCACGGGUAGCACAGACUCCUGGUAGCAGUCGGCCGGCGCUGCCGGCGGCUUCUCCAGCGUCCUCAUCCUUCGCGACGGCGACUGCGGCGGCUGCGGCAGCCGUGGCCGGCAGCAGCAGCAGGGUGCCGCUGCAGGACCUGGCCAUCGUGACCUCCAUGCCGCACGCCGCCACGCCGCUGCUGCUCUCGCCCUCCAGCGCCACCACCGGCAGCCUGGUCGCGCUCACAAGCGCCGCAGCCAGCGGCAUGUUGCUGCCCGGCAGCGGCAACGUAGGUCCCGCCUACAUGUCGGCAAUGGCCGCAGCGCGCCCGCCCACCAUCUCGCCCGCUGCCUCCGCCACCGCCUCGGAACUCAUCGGGCCCGCCGCCAGCCCUGGCGGUGGUAACGACGCCGUGGGCGGCCCAAGCGCCGGGCGGUUUGGCGGCGGCAGCCGCGCGCUUGUUGACCGCGCCCUGGCGCUCACUGCUGCCGGGGGUGCAGGAGCUGGCAGCGGCCAUUUGCCGCUGCCGCUGCGGGACUCAUCCGCCACAGAGGCGUCCUCUACGUUUCUGGCCGUGCACGGCGGCGGCUCCAUCGGCGCGGAGAGCGGCCUCGUGCCUGACGUUGAAUCCGGCGCUGAUGGUGGCGGCUCCGGUGCCGCCGCCGUGGGGGUGUCCUCCGAUGACGGCGCCUUCUACUCCUCUUCGGACACCGGCGGUGCUGGUGCUGCGGCCGGGCGGCGGAGACAGCCUACCAGCCGCUUCCCCGGGCCGCCGGUACAGACGCCGCAGCCGGGCACCGCGCCGUUCCCGUCGCAGCCGCCGCCCUCAUCGCCUUACCGCUACGCAGCAGCGGCGGCAGCUGCCGCAUGGCCUCACAGCGGCCUGGGCGCGGCCGGCAGCGGGUCCAUCCGCUUCGACUUCCCCUCGCCCUUCACGCCUUUCACGGCACCGGGCUACAGUGGAGAGACCUUCGCGGGCCCCUUCAGCAGCACCGGCGCCGGAGGCGACUGCGGCACUGGAGGCGGCGGCUGGCUUGGAUCCGUGCUGCCUCUGCCGCCCAACAGCCCCGCCAACGCGACGGAGAUGGGCGCGAUUCUGCGCUCCGCUGCUGCCGCUGCCACCGCGAACGCCGGCUUCCCCGGCACCGCCUUCGGACCGCCGGUGUCGCGUCUGCGCCGCACCGUGUCCGACCCCUUCCAGGAUGCGGGCAGCGGCGCCUCACGUCCCGCCACCUCAACACAGCUGCCCGGCGAGCCCAGCGCAGCGGCAAUGGCGGCAGCGGACAGCGGCAAUGUUGCGGCGUCGCCAGGUGGCGCCGGCGGCUCCGUCGCCGCCUGCUCUGCAGAUGCAGCGGAUGCGUAUGCUGAGGAAGCGUGGGAUUUCGGCACCGCUGCCGCUGCCGUGGAGGAUGCGGCAGCACGGCGGCGGCUCCAUGCCGGCCGCGCUGCCGCGGCCGCCAGCCAUUACGCUCGCGGCACGGACGGUGCGCUGUGGCCGCCGCCUUCGCUGCUUGGGCCCUUCGCCGGUGCGGCGGCGGCGGCGGCAGCUGCAGCAGCCGCAGCUUCGGGCUACUACCCCUACCCGUACCCCUACCACCACUACGAGUCCCUGUCGCCGUACGCAGCCGCUGGGUCGCUGGGUCGUGCGCGCGCCCGCCGUGCCAGCGACGAGACGGGGCAGCGGCGCCGUGGCGGCCGAUGGGGCCGGGCCACCGCCGUGGCGGCUGCGGCUGCGGCGGGACCCGGCAGCGGUCACGGCGUGCGCAACCUGCCGUACCCGGCAUCGCCGCCGCAGGUUUGGUCGCCGCCGGCACCCGCCGCACGCGCCUCUCAGUAUCACCACCACCAUCACCACACCGGCGGCAUCGGCACCGGGCCCGGCAGCGUCACUGGCGUGGCACCGGGCCUGCCCGCCAUCCGCCCGCACCCUCCACAGCAGCAGCAGCAGCAGCCGGGUGCUGGCAGCGGCCUGCUCGGGUCGUUUGACCAGCAGCAGCUGCUGGCAGCCGCUGCGGCAGUGGCGGCGGCGGCGGCUGCGCUGUCACCACCCACAACCCCGCACGCUGCAGCGGUGGCUGCGGCGGCGGCGGCGGCGGGUCAGCCGCACGUUUUGCACCGGCAGCCGCACAGCCCUCCGCCUCCAUACCAUCACAUGUCCACACACCCCAUCCAGGCAGCGGCGCACACCAGCCACAGCUACAGCCACCAGCAUACCGCGCCCUCGGCCUUCGCUGCCCCGCAGCUGCAGCACCAGCAGUACCACCCGCACCAGCCCCAGCACAUGCUCUCGCCGCACUGGGAGGACGCCGACUCUUCUGGGCCGGGUGCCAGCGGCGCGUUGCCACCAGGCACGGCGGGGGUGGCGGGCAUGGAGGCGGGUGCCGGCGUCGAGGUGCCGGGCCUGCAAGCUCUGGAAGGCCGCAGCUCCAUAGCGCUGACGGGUCUGCUGGCGGCGCUACAGCCCGUGACGCGGCAACACCGUCGCCAUCGCCGUCUGUCACUGCCGCUGCCAGCCGACCCGGCCUGGCAGUCGCACCUGCAGCCCGCCUAUGGCGCGGCCCUGCAGCAACACCAGCAGCACCCGCACCACCCGUACCCGCUGCCGGGGCAGCAGCAGGCCCCUGGCCAGCGUGCCACACUGUCCCGGUCUGCCGGCGGCGCGCCGGCAGGCGGCUCCAAGUCGGCUCGGCACUCGGCGUACGCUGCGGCGGGCAGCGCGGGGUUGGGCACUGGCAUGGGGCAUUUGGGGGCUGGUGAGGGCACGGGCGUGAUGCCCGGGGUGGGGCCGGGCGGGCUGCUCCGCGGCCGGCCCAAGCGCCGCAGCUACGGCGGCGGCGACGAUCCCCUGGCCGAGCAGCUCAGCGCUCUGGGAGCUGGUGCCGGCGGGCUGCUAGGCGGCGGCGGCGUUAUCGGCGGCGCCGCCGGCAUGCAGCUGUACGACCAGCUGUAUGCGGCGCUGCUGCUGUCAGCGGCGCGCAUGCUGUCGCCGCAGGCGCCGCAGCAGCCGGCGGCUGCCGCGACUCCGCCGCAGCCGCGGCGGGGCUCCGCCGGCGGCGCUCCCGCCCCAGCGCACGCUCGGCCGGCCGGCCCGCACUCGGGCAGCCCCGGCCCCGGCCCCAGCCCCCGGUCAGAUGCGGUGCUUCCGCCGGGGGCUGCUGCGGCGCCGCCGGAUCGUAGCCCGCGGCCUUUCGCUACGCCCGUCGUCGGCCCGCACACGCCUGGCGGCAACCCGGCUCCGAAAGUGGCACCUUUUGCUGCCACAGCACCCACCGCCGGGGCCGCACUGCCGGCUGCACUUCCCUCCAUCAGCCCCGUCAACUCCACCGGUGACGCGACGGCGACGGCAGCCGCUGCGAUCAUUGCACGCAUCCCGCCGCCGCCGCCGCCGCCUUCGGGGGUGCCGUCGCUGCUGCAGCGGCGCCCCCGCUUCACUUCGGAGCUACACACCAUCGUGUCGGGCGCACACGACCCAGCCCUGGAGGUGGAGGUGGACGUCGACGUGCCCGCGGUGGCGGCGGCAGCGGCGGCGGCGGCCGGUGAGCCCGCUGCGCGCGGCCGCACCUCGCAGCCAGGUGCCGGAAGCGCCUUUGUAGCGCCUGGCGGCGCUGGCGCUGCUGCUGCGGCCGCUGCCGCCGCGGCGGCUGCUGCAGUGACUCCGUCCAGCGUUAAUGCCGGGCUGGGUGGAGCGGCGGCGCUGAUCGCCCGCCUGGCCGGCACCACAAGUGGCAUGUCCCCGCUGGGGUCCGGCGCCUCGCCGGCGGCCUCGCUCGGCGGCAGCCCCAUGUCGGUGAGCCGCGCGAGCUCGGAGCGGCAGCUGGCUGCUUCAGCUGGAGGCGCCGCCCCGUCGGGUGGUGCUGGCGGUGGCGGCGGCGGCCUGCACCGGCGGCGCAUGAGCAGCGGCAGCGGGGCCGUCAUGUCGCGGCAUGGCUCGUCCCCCACGGCCCCGCCGGGCCGCAGUGGCACCGCCGGCAGCGGCAGCAGCGGCCUAGCGCUGAACUCGCGUGAUGGCGACGCGAUGCUGACGAGUGGCGGUGGCGGCCUGGGUGAGGUGGGCCGCAGCGGCAGCGGUGAUGGCGUGUGGAGUGAGGCGGAGGGGCCGGCCGGGCGGGUGCGGCUGGCGGCGCAGCUGUCGCAGCGCAUGGAGGGCGCCGGCACUGGCAGCGGCUCCUCCACCUCCUCGCCUGCGCGGCCGCCUGCGGGCACGCUUGCAGCCGUGCACAGCCGUCGGUCGCCGGGCCUGGCGCGCAACGCCGCCACCGCAGCUGCGGGCGGGCGGCUGGCGGCGCCAGGCCUGGCGCCGCAUGCCUCCAUCGCGUCGCCUCCGCAGCAGCCGCACCCGGCGGGCUGGGCCGGCUCCAACAUGUCAGCUGCCGCCGCCGGCUCAUGUGAGGCGGGCAGCUCCGGCGCCCACCUGCAUCAGCAGCUGCUGCACCCGCACCGGCAGUCGCAGCUUGCGGGUCCCAUCUCCUCCACGGCCACCACCGUGCUCGCGGCGCCGGCCGGCGGCGCCGCUCUGCGCUCCAGCUCUCCGCUGGGGUCGCUGGGCCCCUCCGCCAGCGUCAUGGCGGCGCAGCCCUCUCUCGCCUCCACCUUCCCCUACCGCCGCACCAGCACUGCCUCCUCGGUGGCGGUGGCGGGUGCGCCGCCCAGCGGCGGCCUGUACGGCAUGUAUGGCGGAGAGCUGGGCGCCGCCACCUCGUGGGGGCUGUCCACCACCGCCACCGGCGCCUCUGCCAGCGCGCAGGCUUCACUCAUGGCCGCGCUGCCCUCCGUGGCGCCGCCGCCGUCCGUCGCGAGCGCCGCCUACAGCGUGGAGCCACACGGGCACAAACAGCAGCAGGCACAGCAGGCGCAGGAGCAACAGGCACGUCAGCAGCACCAGCACCAGCAGCAGCUGCACCAGCAGGAGCACCAACAGCAGCAGGAGCCGGCUGCGCCUUCGCAGGCCCUUCGCGGGCCGCUGCCGCCCAGCGCCCGUUCUACACAGGUUGAGUCCGUUGCAAGCGCCGCUGCUGCCGCCCAGGGUCCUAAUGUCUCUAGAGGUGCAGCAGCUGCGGGAGCAGGUCCCGGGGGGGUUCUUGCGGGGACCGCAGAGCAGGCACAGCCGCAGCCGCAGCGGAAGACCGGCAAGGGUGCUCGUGGAGCCGCCGCAAUGGCCGGCGCCGAUAGCAGCAGGCGCUCCACGCCCCGCGCCACCGAGGCCGCCCAGCAGCAGCAGCAGCAGCGCUCGCAGGUGUCAGCAGUAGCGGCGGCUGUAGCAGCGGCAGCGGCGCCUGUGCCUCAGUCCAUCGCCGAACGCGACGAGGCGGCAGCAAUGGCCUGGGGCGCCGCGGCGGCAGCAGCCAUGGGCCUCCAGCUGGAGGACGACGACGACGCGCCGGCAACGGCGGCGGCGGCGCAGCCCGCCUCCCAGCCUCCGGCGCAGGGCCAGCCUUCUGCCGCCCGCACCGCCGGCCGUGGCCGCGGCACCGCCGCAGGCACCAACGGCCGCGGCACCGCCGCGGCCCGCGGUCGCAGUGGCCGCGGCCGCGAGGCAGCGCCGGGCCUGAGCCCGCAGCAGCUGCUGGCGCCGGCGCAGAGCGUCAACCUCGACUUGGACCCGGGCGAGGUGCACGUGUUCAGGGACGGCCUGCUGGGCAGCGGCGCCUUUGGUGCCGUGUACCGCGGCGUGUACCGGCAGCAGCUGGUGGCGAUCAAGCUGCUGCACCAGGGGUCGAUGGCAGUCGCCACAGACGCCCGCGCGUUGGCGCGUGACAUGAUGUCCUUCAACAGCGAGAUGAGCAUCCUGAGCCGGCUGCGCCACCCCAACAUCGUGCGCCUGUACGGGGGCUGCAUGCGGCCGCCGCACAUCUUCCUGGUGAUGCAGCUCAUGAGCCAGAGCCUGGACUCGGUCAUCCACCACCGGCCGGGGCCGGAGCCGCUGCCGCUGCGACAGGCGCUGGGGCUGGCGAGGGACGUGGCGGCGGGCCUGGCGCAGGCGCUGCACCCCGUCAUCGUGCACCGCGACUUGAAGCCGGCCAACAUCCUCAUCGACGACGACGGUGUCGCCAAAAUCUCUGACUUUGGCCUGGCCAGGUACAAGUUCAAGGCCUACCUGUCCACGCGCACGCCCGACCAGGGCAGUGUCGCCUACAUGGCGCCCGAAUGCUUCAACACCGACAUCGGCGGCCUCAGCCCCAAGACAGACGUGUACUCGUUCGCCGUGCUGCUGUGGGAGCUCAUCAGCGGCGAGUACCCCUGGCUGGGGCAGACCAACGUGCAGAUCAUCUUCCAGGUCGCCGUCAAGGGAGAGCGCCUGCCGCUCCCACCCGUGGAGGGCGAGCCCGCCUCUGACGCCUCCGCCUCAGACCGCGACGCAGCCGGACCGGGCCCCUCCACCUCCUCCGCGGGAGCGCUCCGCCGCUCCUCGGGCGGGGGCGCCGGAGGCUACUACAGCGCUCUGCCGCCGGUGCCCGCUUCCAUCCGCGACCUCAUUGCGGCCUGCUUCGCGCACUCGCCAGCGGCUCGGCCGGACAUGAGCGCUGUGCUAGGCGUCCUCAGCGCGACGCUGAUGGAGAUGGACAUGAGGGACGCACCCGCCGCUCAGGUUGCCAGCAGCGCCGGCGGCGCGGCGCUGCCGUCGGGGAGUGCGUCCGCCGGCGACGCGGCAAGCGCCAGCGUGGGCGGCGCGGGUCCCAGCGGUGUGGCGUCCGGUGGCGGCGCGGAUGCGGGUGUCAUGUUGGCGGCCGGUGCCGCGCCCGCGGAGGCUGAUGCUGCACAGCAGCUGGCGACCCCAUUCUUCAACAUCGGGUUUGACUUUGAGUGACCUAAGUCUGCGUGAUUUUGCGAGCAGCGACGGUAAAAACUAGAGCUUUGUUGCUUAUUAUGUUGAGGGUAAUGUAACGGCGGCGGGUGUACAUAGUGCCGCCUUGACAUGAUAAGACGGGCUGGGUGGGGUCGCUCAGCGACGCGGUCGUUUUACAUUCACUCCCAUCCAAACGACGGGUGCCCGCCGAGCAUUGCAAACGACCACCUACUACAGAUAUGCAGCGCCAGGCGCUGACGCUGCCUGGAUGAGGGCGCGAUGACACGCCUGUUACAUUGGAUGGGGUUUACGCGUGUCCUGCGCUGUUUACACGUCAGACUUGCCAUCAGCUGGGCAGUACGAAUGGCAUAAAUUCUUGCCUGCCUGCAAUGGAUUACCAAUGGCGUGCGGUGUGCAGUGAUGGCAUCAUUGAUUCUUACGAAGACUAGCAAUUAGGGUGAGCACAUAAUGUUUGGUGCGCGCGGCACAGGUGCAUGGGUAGCAGGGGGUAGCAGGGUGAUGUUGAUUGGUGGGUGACCCGCAGAACCUUUGACGGCCUCUGUUGGUGGGCCGGCCGUGGGGCCAGGCGUAAGCGGACCUACGAAGUGCACUCAGAUGAAGGACCAUGAUGUGGAUAUCACCAAUGCACCGGGAGUUCGCGCACUUACUUGCAGCGAAGGCUUGGCCCAGUUCUGCUCUAUGGUUUUGCAUGCGGUGGUUGCGUGUGCCGUACGCAUUGCGGCUCGCAUGAGUUGCGCAACUUUGUGGAGCUUAACUCAACGAAUACACUCUUUUGGGAGAUUUGAAUGUGAUUAUGUGAGACGAUGGGAUGACAGUCAUGAUACUUCCCACGAGAGCGCAUGGUUUCAGUACAGAGGCCGGAAAGUACAGGGGUCCCUGCUGACGCAGCUCACAGACUAGGGAGCACACGGAUGUCCUCAGCGGUCGGGCGGUCCCGGUCCCUGCACUUGACGGCUACCAGCGAAUCCGCACGACGCCUGGCCGUUGUAACGACAAGCUCAU